GCCGCCGUUUGCCGCGCGCCCCCUGGCGGCGCCGCCCCACCUCGCUCACCUCCAGUUCUAGCCCCCGCCGACCCUGUGCCCAUGAUCCCUGAGCUCCUCGGACCCUGGGCCGAGUCAUCUGCCAGCUCUCCGGGAGCGUCGUCCCCGCUGGCCACAGCGGGAUGGGCCUGAGUCCGGCCGCCAGCGGGGAGCACAGCAUCCGCCUCUCCAGGGUCCCAUGGCCACGCUUCAAGCUCACCUCGACGACCACCAGUACCACCGGGUCAAGUGACACCCAACCUGCAAUUGGAACUGGACAGUCAAUCGUGCCCCACUCAGAGUCAGCGAGCUCUCAAGGGCUAUUGGUCCAGUUCCUGCCAAAGCAGUUCAAGCCAGGCCGCGAGUUAGAACAGGCCGGGAGCUUCCAGCAUGGAGAGAAGGCGGUAAUUAACUUGGAGAUCACAUCCAGCAAGAAGAGAACAGAGCUGAUUCCAACAACUAAGUCGGAGAUCGAAGUCAAACUAAAAAAUCAAGCAGUCGUGGACAAACCAAGACCCAGACCUGGAGACCUGAUUGAGAUUUUUCGAAUUGGCUAUGAGCACUGGGCCAUCUAUGUGGAAGAUGAUUGUGUGGUUCACCUGGCUCCCCCAAAAGGAAGCAUGUUUUGGAACCACUGUUAUCACGCACAUUCCAGAGCCUUACCUGGGGGUGAGGAGUUUGAGGUGGGCAGCAUCACUUCUAUCUUCAGCAACCGCGCUGUGGUGAAGUACAGCCGUCUGGAGGACGUACUGCAUGGCUGCUCCUGGAAGAUCAACAACAAGCUGGACGGGACAUACCUGCCCCUCCCCGUGGACAAGAUCAUCCAGCGCACGAAGAACAUGAUCAACAAGAUAGUGCAGUAUAGCCUGAUUGAGGGGAACUGUGAGCACUUUGUCAACGACCUUAGAUACGGUGUGCCCAGGAGCCAACAGGUGGAGCAUGCCCUGGUGGAGGGAGCAAAGGCUGCAGGCGCCGUCAUCUCAGCAGUAGUGGACAGCAUAAGACCCAAAUCUAUAACUGCUUGAAGAUGCUGUGGAUUCCGAGUGCAGGAAGAGCCACCGACAGCUGCAGGGCAAAGCUGCACCCUUUCUUCCUCUUUGCCUUCCUCACUCAGUGGCCCUGCUUAAGAAGACUAUGAAUAUUCGAAACAUCUAAGUCCACUGAUCUCCACUGUGUGAAUGAAGGAAUGAUUUUGAUUGGAAGAUCUGAAAUUGUUCCUGUGGAUUUUACUCUGUGGAGAGCCAAAGUCACCCAAAAAAGCUAGAGAUGGUUUCCCCCAUGGCUCUGGAAAUGCCUGGAAAAUAUGGAGGACAUGGACAGCAUGCACUAGCAAGAUGGAACUCUCAAAAUGUUUCCGAGAUCUUUUAGGCUGCUUGCUCAGGGGCCUUUCUCCUGUUGGAGGGAAACAGACACAAUGAAGAACUUCGGUGUUUGUCCACCAGCCCUUUUUCAGCAUCCAAAACUUGGUCCCUCAUUCAGCUUUUUGGAUACAGGAGCCUGGGCACAUUUCUUGGUUGGAGUUUCCUCUGCCCUUUCCCAUCAGCCUGUGCACUGUACACGGCCAUCCUAGACGCUUGCGGUCUGGCAAGACCUCAUUUCUGUGCAUCGUGACUAGCAAGAAGCCAGUACCCAUGAUUCCCUUUCUUUGCCUCCCUGACACCUGGAAGAUCAUCUGGGCCCCAUCUUCUUUCAGUCUUUUAACUCGUGGUAUUGUCUGUGUUGAGACUUCCUUCGAGGCAGAACCUAAGCCCCAGGCCUCUACAAGCACAGCCUCUAGCCUUAAACUAACACUGUUAUGUUUUAGUGGACUCCUUAAUGAUUCAGAACUCUUGGACUGUGUUGAUGUCUAAGAAGCAAACAGGGAUUUGAUUAACAACAGCUCCCCCACCAUAAAGUGUUUAGUGACUCUGAUAGUGAACUCCUCUACCUCUUGCUCACUGCUCUGGCUCUCUGGUGUGAACCCCAUAGGCAAAGUAUAUUAUCAAUUAUGUUCCCUCAUCCAUUAAAAAAAACUAUAAGCAGUGGUUCAGGGUACCCAGGUGCCAGACCAUUGACAUUCUGCAUCAGUUAGGGAGAUGAAGAGACAUGGGGCCGUAGACCACUUUCUGGACAGCAGUCCUUUCUUUUUUCAAGCUGUCUGUAAGGCCAUGAGCUCUGGAAUUCACAUCUCACACAUUCAAGAUGAGGAGGUGAGACUUUAUUAAAGCUUUUUUAAAGAAACAAA